UGACUGCUCUCAGGCAGCUAAAUCCAGAGAACAAACAGCUGCUGUGGUCAUUAAUUCAAACAACGCCGGUAGGCAGCUUGUGCCUACAGAGUGGGUGCUACAGGAUGGAAAUCAACAUAUAUGCGCACCGGGAGUUCUGUCUUCCAGGACCUCACGAGCUCUAUUUUAAGAACCUCUCAAAACAAAGGAAACAAAUCAUGGAAAAGAAUGGGAAUAACCGAAAACUUCGGGUGUGUGUUGCUACUUGCAACCGUGCUGAUUAUUCUAAACUUGCUCCGAUCAUGUUUGGCAUUAAAAUGGAACCUGAGUUCUUUGAACUUGAUGUGGUGGUACUUGGCUCUCAUCUGAUAGAUGACUACGGAAUUACGCUGUAUUAAUGGUACCAUACAAAGAGAAAUCAGGAGAUGAUUUCCGUCAUUCGGAAAUUUAUUUUAUAGUGACAAAAACACGUAUCGUAUGAUUGAACAAGAUGACUUUGACAUUAAUACCAGGCUACACACAAUUGUUAGAGGAGAAGAUGAGGCAGCCAUGGUGGAGUCAGUAGGCCUGGCCCUAGUGAAGCUACCAGAUGUCCUUAAUCGCCUGAAGCCUGAUAUCAUGAUUGUUCACGGAGACAGGUUUGAUGCCUUGGCUCUGGCUACAUCUGCUGCCUUGAUGAACAUCCGAAUCCUUCACAUUGAAGGGGGGGAAGUCAGUGGGACCAUUGAUGACUCUAUCAGACAUGCCAUAACAAAACUGGCUCAUUAUCACGUGUGCUGCACCCGAAGUGCAGAGCAGCACCUGAUAUCCAUGUGUGAGGACCACGAUCGCAUCCUUUUGGCAGGGUGUCCUUCCUAUGACAAACUUCUCUCUGCCAAGAACAAAGAUUAUAUGAGCAUCAUUCGGAUGUGGUUAGGUGAUGAUGUAAAACCUAAAGAUUACAUUGUUGCACUACAGCACCCUGUGACCACUGAUAUUAAGCAUUCCAUAAAAAUGUUUGAAUUAACAUUGGAUGCCCUUAUCUCAUUUAACAAGCGGACACUAGUUCUGUUUCCAAAUAUUGAUGCAGGGAGCAAAGAGAUGGUUCGAGUGAUGCGGAAGAAGGGCAUUGAGCAUCAUCCCAAUUUCCGUGCAGUUAAACACGUCCCGUUUGACCAGUUUAUACAGUUAGUUGCCCACGCUGGUUGUAUGAUUGGGAACAGCAGCUGUGGGGUACGAGAAGUUGGAGCUUUUGGAACACCUGUGAUCAACCUAGGAACACGUCAGAUUGGAAGAGAAACAGGGGAGAAUGUCCUGCAUGUCCGGGAUGCUGAUACCCAAGACAAAAUACUGCAAGCGCUGCACCUGCAGUUUGGUAAACAAUAUCCUUGUUCAAAGAUUUAUGGGGAUGGAAAUGCUGUUCCAAGGAUUUUGAAGUUUCUCAAAUCUAUUGAUCUUCAAGAGCCACUACAAAAGAAAUUCUGCUUUCCUCCUGUGAAGGAGAAUAUCUCUCAAGAUAUUGACCAUAUUCUUGAAACUCUAAGUGCCUUGGCAGUCGAUCUUGGUGGGACAAACCUCCGAGUUGCAAUAGUCAGCAUGAAGGGUGAAAUAGUUAAGAAGUAUACUCAGUUCAAUCCUAAAACCUAUGAAGACAGGAUUAAUUUAAUCCUACAGAUGUGUGUAGAAGCUGCAGCAGAAGCUGUAAAACUGAACUGCAGAAUUUUGGGAGUAGGUAUUUCUACGGGUGGUCGUGUAAAUCCUCGGGAAGGAAUUGUGCUGCAUUCAACCAAAUUGAUUCAAGAAUGGAACUCAGUGGACCUCAGGACCCCCCUCUCAGACACUUUGCAUCUCCCAGUGUGGGUGGACAAUGAUGGCAACUGUGCCGCCCUGGCCGAAAGGAAAUUUGGCCAAGGGAAAGGCCUGGAAAAUUUUGUGACACUUAUCACUGGCACAGGAAUUGGCGGGGGGAUCAUCCAUCAACAUGAAUUGAUCCAUGGAAGCUCCUUCUGUGCCGCAGAACUUGGCCACCUUGUUGUGUCUCUGGGUGGGCCUGAUUGUUCCUGUGGAAGCCAUGGGUGUAUUGAAGCGUAUGCGUCUGGAAUGGCCUUGCAGAGGGAAGCAAAAAAACUACAUGAUGAAGACUUGCUCUUGGUGGAAGGGAUGUCAGUGCCAAAAGACGAAGCCGUGGGUGCAGUCCAUCUCAUCCAGGCUGCCAAACUUGGCAACGUGAAGGCCCAGAGCAUCCUGAGAACAGCUGGAACAGCUUUGGGUCUUGGGGUUGUGAACAUCCUCCACACUAUAAAUCCCUCCCUUGUGAUCCUCUCUGGAGUCCUAGCCAGUCACUAUGUCCACAUCGUCAAAGACGUCAUCCGCCAGCAAGCCCUGUCCUCGGUUCAGGACGUGGAUGUGGUGGUUUCGGAUUUGGUGGACCCUGCCCUGCUCGGUGCUGCCAGCAUGGUUCUGGACUACACCACUCGCAGGAUCUGCUAGGCCUCCCAGGUGUGGAUGUAGCCUGAGACUCGACAGCCCCUUAGUGGAAUCAGGUGGUCUUUUAGAUGAGCAUUUCUUAAAAAAGCAAAUUAGGUAUUUAAAUUUGUUAUUUGGCAGGUGACUUAGGCAGUUAUGUUUUUGCUAUUUAGUCUCCUUGUCCUCAUUUUUGUAGAUGCCAUCCUCUCUGGGGUCUUUUCAGCUCAAAUCCUGUAAGUACCAGUCACAAUUUCUUUGUGCCAAAAGGAGCUAUGCUAGUAAACAAGGAAGCCUUAAGACUCUGUUUUCUAGAUGUACCCGCAGGCCUUGCUUGGGAUGUGACCUUGACUCUGGAGUUUGAGUUACUAAUCCUCCUCAGACCCUAUAACUCAGAUUGUGGAAAGGAAUCCAAUCAGGAAACAGAAGGAAAUCUGGCUAUGAAAAGCCUAAGUAAACUUAAAAAAAAGCAGCUUUAUUGAAGUAUUUUUUAAGUACACAAUUUGAUAAACUUUGACAUAUGUGUAUACCUGUGAAACCAUUACCACAAUCAAGACAUUGGACUUAAUCUGUCACCCCCAAAUACUUGUUUAAAGAUGUUAUAACACUCACAGAACCUUGAUCAACUUUAGGGAUCUGAAUUACUAUGGCCUUAUGACCUUGUCCUUAUCUUCUUGAGGACAGCUGAGAAGCCACUAAGAUUUAUAGCCUCUGAAAGGAGAUUAACCAUGCCAAAAGGAUCUUUGCUACUGACAAGCAGACACCUCUCCCUUCAAUAGCUUUCAUACUAAGUGGAGUAUGACCCUGGGGUGUCUACUUUCACUGCUGUUGAGAUACAAAGGCCAAGGUUCUUGCUGUCAAUUUCAACCUGGAAGAAUAGCCACCAUUUAUUAAGUGCCUACUGUGUGUCAGGCUCUGAACUAGGUGCUUCAUAUACAUUAUUUUAAAUUCUUAUAACCUGUAAGAUAGCUGUUUUGAUUCCCAUUUUAUAAAAGCCCAAACUAAGUCUUAGUGUGUUGAACUGACAUGACUAAAGCUACGUGGCCAGUGAGUCUUAGAGACAAGGUUUGAUCCCAGGUCCCUUUAUGCUUUUUCUAAGCCACACAAUCUCUCAGAGCCAAAACUUUGAAAAUGCAAGUAUUUUCCAAUUUGCUCCAGGCUACCUAAAGCUUUAUUUAAAAAAUGCCACUAGCAAGUGACUUGAUUUGUCCCCUCAGCAGUGAAUUCAAUCAAAUAUUCUUUUAUGCUGUGGAACUUCUGCCAGUCAGUAUUUGGUCCAGACAGGCUUUUAUGGGUACUUUAGGAUGAUCUAAAAAGGCAUAUGCAUACUUUUCAGAUUAUUAUUUUAGGAAAUCAAAGGUUUCUACAGCCUAUUGAUUCAGUGUUACCAUAUAAAAUAAUCAUUUUCUAGUUAGGGAAGUUCUGGGUGAUGUUUAACCCGCAGCAAGAGGGCAGCAAAGGUCUCUGUGGGCGUUUGUGAAUGAUACAAAUUUGCAAAUGUGAAAAGAAAACGUCUUUCCACUUGGGGGCGUGCUUGUAAGCACAGUGGGUAAGUGUAGCCCCCCACCAGGCUGCCCUAACCCUGACCCUUCUCACUUCACAAACAGAGACUUUACCGCAUUUGAAUUCCUUCCUUCCUGGUGGGUUAAGAUGAAGACAGUUUGGUUGGUUCCUAGAACUCUACCAGCCCUGAAAUAAUAAUCUCCAGGUCCUGCUUAUUGUUGAAAAAUUCCACAGGUGAUUCACAGGAAGGCAGCUAGUUGGCUCGACCAUCAGUGUCUGGGGUGAGAUGGAUGGUUCACUGUAUUAGUUCCUUAGUGAAAUCUAUAACCACUUUAUACACCAGAUAACUGCAUUGCUGUCAAGUUUCAUACAGGAUAAUUGAAGAAUGGUACUGAAUGUAAAACAAAAUUUUAAGUUUUUAAUAAAUUCAUGCAAAGGGUAAUAUAUUCCAACAUAAUUGUUAGCUAUAGUUAAGUAAUUACAUAUUAUUUUAUUUUAAUGUAAAUAUUUUUGUUACUGUUCUAGGCCAAAUUCUAAAGAAAAAAUAAAUGUAUUUCCUUGUGGAAAUCCUAA